GCUAACCUCUCCGUCAUCAUUGCGUUAACACCCGCCCGGUCUAAUCCCACCUCACCUUUCCUCUCUCUCUUUCUCACACACACACACGCCCCAAGGUACCGUCCAUCUCUUGUGCAACCUAGCCGCAGGAACAGCUUGCAAUCUGGCCUGCUUCGGAGUCGGACGGACUCUAAACAGGGCGAGCGCUGCUGGCAGGAGCCGCCGAAAGAACAAGCCUCAAUUCUUAUCAACCCUCAACGUCGCCGAGACUGCGUACUUUUCCUUCAGCACCCUAUGAGAAUCUGCUCAUUUUUGUGAUUCUUCACGGCCUUCAGAAAUUGCAGCCUUCCCAAGAUGGGCUACGACUACGCGUUGGUGCACGUCAAGUACACCAUCCCUCUGGCGGGACUGCUCACGUUUAUCUCAUACCCUCUCUUCACGCGCCUCGAUGUCGUGAGGACUCUCUUCAUUGUGACAAUCGCCUUUACAGCCACGAUCCCCUGGGAUUCGUAUCUGAUCAGAACCGGCAUCUGGACGUAUCCCCCAAACGCAGUAUUGGGACCGACCCUCUAUGACAUCCCAAUUGAGGAGCUACUCUUCUUCGUCAUACAAACGUACAUCACCGCUCAGCUCUACAUUAUCCUCAAUAAGCCUGUACUUCAUGCCCAGUACCUCAAUUCCCCUGCCACGCUACCGAAAUGGAUAAAAACUGCGAAGCCUCUCGGCCAGCUAGCGCUCUUCAGCAGUGUCGCCCUCGGCGCAUGGCUGAUUGUGAAGGAAGGUGAAGGCACCUACCUGGGCCUGAUUUUGGUUUGGGCAUGCUCUUUUGCGCUCCUCACCUGGACCAUUACGGCGCAAUUCCUCCUGGCUCUGCCAUUAGCUUGCACUGCUCUACCCAUCUUACUGCCGACGGUUUACCUAUGGGUCGUUGACGAGAUGGCCUUGGGCCGUGGCACCUGGGCCAUUGAAAGUGGCACAAAGCUCGAGUUCAAGCUCUUUGGCAGCCUCGAGAUAGAAGAGGCGACCUUCUUCCUCGUCACCAACAUGCUCAUAGUCUUUGGCGUGGCUGCCUUUGACAAGGCCGUUGCGGUCUGCGAUGCAUUCCCAGACAGGUUUGACAAGCCAGCCGACGCAUUGUCCAUGUCACUACUCCGAGCCCGCGUUUUCCCCUCAUCUCAAUACGACAUGGAGCGCAUCUUGGGCAUUCGCCAGGCGGUCACCAGACUGGCCAGGAAGAGUCGUAGCUUCCAUCUCGCCAGCUCCGUCUUCCCAGGCCGCCUGCGGAUCGACCUGACGCUGCUCUACUCAUACUGCCGUCUAGCCGACGAUCUUGUCGACGAUGCCGAGACCCCUAACGAGGCCGCCUCCUGGAUCUCCAAACUCGACCGCCAUCUAAAUCUGCUCUACAAAGACCCCGAUGCGACCUCGGCGCCCCUCGCCGCAAAAUACGCUGCCGAAAACUUUCCGGAAUCCGCCCUCUCAGCUUUGGACCUCCUCCCCGCAUCGCUCAUACCCCGCGAGCCCCUCGCUGAGCUCCUCAAGGGUUUCGAGAUGGACCUCUGCUUCAGCAAAGAUACCUUCCCGAUCACGGACCCCGAGGACCUAGAGCUCUACGCUGCCCGCGUCGCCAGCACCGUCGGACAGGCCUGUCUGGAGCUAGUCUUCCGCCACUGCCAGCACGGUCUGCCUGACUACAUGCAAGCCUACCUCCGCAAUACAGCGCGCCAGAUGGGCCUCGCGUUGCAGUUCGUCAACAUUGCCCGCGACAUUGCCGUAGACGCCAAAAUCGGGCGAGUCUAUCUGCCCACAACCUGGCUCAAGGAGGAAGGCCUGACGCCCAAGGAUGUUCUCGCGAACCCCAACAGCGAAGGCGCCGGCAAUGUGCGGCGUCGCAUCCUCGCCAAGGCCUUUGACCACUACGGCGAGGCGAGGGACUCUAUGAAGUGGAUUCCAUCAGAGGCGCGCGGCCCCAUGGUCGUCGCCGUGGAGAGCUACAUGGAAAUUGGCCGGGUACUCAUGCGCAACGGCGGCGCUGCGGCGGACGGGAGUGGGCGAGCGACGGUGCCCAAGACGCGUCGCAUCUGGGUCGCCUGGAGCACGUUGAUGGCCGCGUAGAUUUAGUUCUAGGCUUGGAUUGAGCCAAGGGGGUUUGUAUUUUCUUCUUAGAUCCCUUUCGUCUUUCCAUUCUCCUUUGGGAGUGUUUCUCCCCCUCUCUCCCCCUCCCCUCAAGCCCCUCCAAUGGCAUUGAUAGAGGCAUUACGAAUAGACAGCAUGGCGUCCGUAGGAGUGGUAGCCGUAUGACAUAGACGUGACCCUGAUACAAAAGGCGGAUCCCCGCUGCUUUCUUCGAUACCA